AUGGAAAGGUUGUCCGCAAAACUUCAGGAAAGACUUAGAGAGGAGGGCGCACACGCGGUUAUACGAUAUCUGGAAAGGAUCCUACAAUCCCACGGCAAAGCACAAUCUCAAUUGAUCAAGUAUCAUAUCAAGGUUUUCAUUGAAUCUGAGCAACACAAGUUGGAAGACUGUGCUUUCGAGAUCGAGGAACUCCUGGAACGUCAUCAGAUCUCUAUCGAUGAUACAGGUAGCAUCUUCAAGGAAACAUCUGCUGCGGGUCGCAGAAGAAGGGACUUGAAGAGUAUUGAGGAACAUUGGGAUCGGGAACUCAUUGAUCAUUACCAAUGGGACAAGGAGAGUGGUCGCUUUCUUAUGGCUCUCGCAAAGAUUGCUUCUCAGCUCACCGUAUGGAGGACGGACGCCGCCCCUCUGUUUAGUCGUCUGAUUUUCAACGAUUUGACCCUUGGAAAUUGGGGCAAGAUUGGUAACUGUCCCGAGAGACCUAUCAAGACGAGACAUGUGAACAAGCUGCGGGAACAUGUGGAUCCAAAUUAUGUCAAGGAUAACAAGAAGGCGGUAUCGAACUCCCCAGCGCCUCCUUUGAUCCCACUCCACGAGGAGGAGGUACGUCGUAACAACCUGAAGCUCGAUACCUAUAAUCUUCUCAUUGCAAACAGCGGACUGGAGUCAAAUGAGCCAACAGAAAAUGUAUCGAGUAUAAGUUGUGCCGAGAUUUUAGUUCUAUCGAAUCAUGGCAGCACGGUCAGUCCGACCGAAACAGCGUGGCAGAUCAAUGAUGGAGAGCGCCCAGCGGCAGACUUAACUACCGACACAGACGAUUGUCCCAGAGGUUCAUCCGGCGUUCCUACAACAACACCGCCAGCCAUGAUGACUGUUGACAUGGACAGCGUCGCUGCAUUUGACACUAGUUCAUCCAUUACGGAUAGCGAGGGUGGUGUCAAGUUUACGCCAUUCGGAGAACAGCGAACCGGCUUUGAACCUGAGUCUCGAGAAAAUGACAAGUCUGCUUCACGAUACAGGGACUCCUGGGAUUUGAGAAAGGGCGAGAAAGGUAUGCUAGAUGCGGUUGUUGCAGAGGUAAUAAGAUUGAGGAAAGAACUGUUUGCAAUCACUGAAGAGGACCGGAAUCGUCAAGAAAGUCUGUUGGCCAAGAUCGCCGAAGCCUCGCGUAUACCAAAUCCUAGGGAUGGCCUAAUGACAGAGGAGAUGUGCUCUUCACUCUUCGCAGAGCAUAGUGCGCGGAUGAUCGAGACCAAGCAAGAGGAUAUUCUCUCCGGUUUCUACAAUCACCUAUCGGGCCAGCAAGUGGAAGUUGGCAGAAAACUUGAGAUGGCGAUCUCCAGAAUACGGCAAGAGUUAUCUGAUGCAUCGUUGUCGGAUCGGAAGGAGAUAGUCGAAGCAAUCGAAUCGCGAACACAAAGAGAUUUGCAGAUAUCGUACGACGCGACGAUCAAACGUCUUGGAGGAGUCGAAAAACAGUUGAGAGAUCGUUUCGCCCGUGCCGGUCUCGGAAUAGUUGAUGAACUCAAGAGUGUCCAAGAAAUGGGUAUGGAAGUCACAAACAAGCUUUCGAGGAAAUGGAGGGAGAAUUCAGCCCAGAUGGCUCAGAGUCAGAUGCAGAAUGUUGACAAACUCAGAUCCGAUAUCCUCGGGAAAUUUUCACACAUGCAAAAGCAUGCGAUGAGGCUGGAGCAGGAAGUGCGAGAUCUUCGAAGAGCUUUCGAGUCACGGAAGGAUGGUAGUCCCGAAACACAAUCCAAAGAUAUCUUGCUCAACAUGCGGGAUGAAGCUGAGAGUCAGAUGCAGGCGGAUAUCAAAGAAGGAAUCUCACAAAUGCAGCAAACCCUGACUAAACACAGGCAGAUACAGCAAACGCUGAUCGAACACAUGCAGAUGCAACUUGGGAUGAAUGAGAAGACUCAGGCGUUCCAAGAUCAACAAGUGAUCAAUCUAACAGGAGUCAAGUCCCAGCUCGAUGCCAUGGUCUCGAAGCCACCAAUUUCAGAGGAAGCAGUGACGAGCCUGAAGCAAGCAGCGCAGUAUCUCCACGAAAUCGGCGAGAAACUUGGAAAACUGCAGGAUGAUCCAGAAAUCACGGAGAUUCCGCUGGAUGUACAGGAUAGUCGAGCCGACUUUGUAGAGAGCGAUGGGCCAUGUGGCACCCUAGAGAGAUUUUGGCGUGCUGUCGAUGUACCGGAAGCCUUGGAUGGAACUGGAUAUGUCACUUCCACACCAGCUCACGAAACCCAAGUCCGAAACUUUGGGGAAAGUCGCAGGGACGACCUGACGUUAGACAAGUCCAAUUGUUCCGGCUUCUCCAUACCAUCAGCGUCCUGGCCGGAGCGUGAAUCCGAAUCGUCGCAAACUCAGGGUGGACAUGGCGUCGACGAGCUUAGACAAGGUGAAAAUGAACGAAAAUUGGACUCUAUUGCAGAACCAGAAAGACAGAUUGAGUCUUCGGAGAACCAUCUCGUCCAGUCAGAUACUGCGUCUCCCGCAGCGCACUGUGGUCAGACGGCAACCAGUCUCCCUACUCAGAGACCUGCCUCGCAUCCACAAGCUUCAACGCAUCGACGGAACAUCGCGCAGUCUCCCUCGAAAACGUACCAGGGCUUCCAAAUGAGCGCUACUGAUGUCCCAACGAGAGAGAGGAGUCCGGAGCAGCCUUCAUCACUACCACCAGAGAGAAGAUGUGGUGAGAAGAGGCCAAGAGAGGAGGAUACUGUGGGGCAUCAGGGUAUCAAAAUGAAAGCCUCAAGACUGACAGUGCCUCUAGAGCGCACUGGGAAUGAUCAUAAUCCGGAUCUAUUUUAUGGUGAGGAUGAGAGGAUCGCGAGUGUGGCCGACAUCCAGAUGGCAGAUUCUCCUACUUCUGAUGAUCAGCCCUCCGGUCCUCAGGAAGAUCAUGCAUCCGAACCUGACUAUGAUACAGACAAUGCUGCGAACCUCAAUGAGAGUGAUGUAGAGUCCGUCAAAAGCGUUUGGCGAUCUAGAGUACAAGAGCAUAAAGCGGCAAGACAGAUGAAUCGGUACAUCAUCGACAAUGCACGGAAGGAAAUACGUUCUGAAUUACGCCAUCCAGAGACCAGAUUCAAUGGAAGAUACGAGGAUAGUUCCACGUUCACUCUAAGUGAUCGGGCUUCACAAUAUCCUAGCAGAGAAGAAAUCUCCGCCUCGGCGUUUCUGCCCACUCUUACUGCACAAGAGUUCGCUUCUUUGGAGGUUGCGAAGCAACCAGGUACCAUGGAGCAGCUACAUGAUCAGGAAAACCCCAGACAGCUCUCAAUGUCACCACGCACAACAAGUAGGGAAGGGCAUAAGGCAGGAAACCACAUUGAUAGCGACAGUCGUGAUCUAGAACCAGUCUCGCGAGGACAGGUCACACCUGAAAAGCUCAACGAAGAGACCGGGACCAGACCCAUGCACUCUUCUCACAUGAGCAAUAUCAUAAGCCGGGCUUUCAUGUAUGGUAGAUCUGCUCAACCAAGUGGAUCCGUUGGUCAAGACAGUAUGAUCUUGCCGACCGGUGGCGACAUCGAUGAGGUAGAUAUCGCAGUACCGCUCCAUCUGAUAGAGAGAAGCCAGUCUCCUGUAUCACGAGUGGGGCACAAUCUGCAAGUAUACAACUUCACUCAACCGCAGCAUUCCCUGGUCAACAGUCAGCACGAUGGCAGAACAUUGUCUGGUAUGGAUGGAGAUCGUUUGAACCGUGGUACCGAGGACAAUGGACUGAAACAGGUUGUGCGAUCUCUCGUUGACAGUGACGAUGUAGAGUUGAUAAAAGAAACUCGUCUGCCCGAUGCAAGGAGCGUGGGUCACGAACACAUAUUGGUCGCUCCUGCAAGGGAUGAUGGAUUGAGUGGUACGACCUGUAGCCCGGCCCCCAGCAGCCCUCAGCACAUAGCUAGCCCCGGCUCCGUCUUGCCAGAUGCAUCGAUAAAAUCUUCUACGGUCCUUGCAAAUGGUAAAACUUGCGCAGCAGAUAACCACCAACAGAAAGCGCUCGACUUGGCGCCCUCCUCAACACGUCAGAGCAACUUUUCAAUUGACCCUAUUGAAUCUGGAGAACAGGCUGAGCUGGGAAGUGUGCCUGAUUCAGAGAGUCACGUUGAGUUUGCAAGCAUCGAUCCUUUCUGUCAGACUAGAUCAGAGAUGGAACUCUGA